AUGAGUUUCUCUGAGCAUUUCUCCCUUGCCAACAUUCCGUACGGAAUCGCCAGUAGUGCGAACCAUGCAAAAAGCGUAGUCACAAGAGUAGGGGACUCGGUCGUCUUCAUCUCUGACCUAAAUCCCGAGACGUCCACCGACAUCAAGUCCGCCUUGUCUCAGUCAACCCUCAACGCCUUGGCAGCCACAGAGAAGCUCGAGCUCAAGGCCCUCCGAAAGAACAUUCAACAAGCCCUCUCCGACGAACCGACGCUGUCGAAACAUGGCGUACCGAUCGACGAGGUCCAUUUACACCUGCCAAUCAAAGUAGAUGGCUUCACCGAUUUCUCGUGCUCCAAAGAACAUCUCUUGAACGCGUCAGAGGCAGUCAUGGGCAAGGCCUCCAUGCCACCCGCGGCACCAUACUUCCCUAUCGGCUACAGUGGCCGGCCUUCUUCGAUUGUCCUCUCGGGAACGAAAAUCACGCGGCCGUAUGGGCAAUAUCGUGACGGGGACAGUAUUGGUUUCGGUCCCUCCAGGGCACUCGAUUACGAGCUCGAAGUGGCUUGCAUUAUCGGGAAGCCGACGCAGCUUGGAGACCGCGUAGCUGUGACGGAUACCGACGAGCAUAUCUUUGGUUUCGUUCUACUGAACGACUGGAGCGCUCGCGAUAUCCAAGGAUUCGAGAUGAGUCCGUUGGGGCCAAUGAAUGGCAAGUCAUUCGGGACGUCGAUUAGUCCCUGGGUGAAUCUUAUUAAAGUGAUCACACCUGAAGCACUCGAACCCUAUGCAACACAACCGCCUCCGAAGGAUAUACCCCCACAGCCAUACUUGUUGGACAACAAGGAGAAAUCGAGUUACAACAUCUCCCUGAAGGCUGAAGUAUUGACAGAUGAAGGGCCUACGACGGUCUGCAAGGCGCAGCUCAGUUGGAUGUACUGGACAUUCCGCGACCUCGUGGCCCAGCAGACGAUCAAUGGGUGCAACCUCAAUACUGGCGAUGUUUUGGCAACGGGGACGGUGUCAGGAGCCGGCGAUGACGAGCACGGAUGUUUGCUUGAGAUGACCAAGGGGGGUAAGGUCGGGUGGAAAACGUCCAGUGGUCAAGACAGGAUGUAUUUGCAGGAUGGAGACGGCGUGCGCAUGACCGGGCAGGCUGGGGAUGGCGUGGGGUUUGGUGACUGCGUGGGGUUCAUCGGUGCCGCUCGGCCGUUUUGA